AUUUAAAUUUAGAAAGCAGUAUUGUCAAUGUCGACAUUCCAUAAAUUGAUUUUAAUGAGCGUAAUCGUAACUGAGCAAUGUUUAGGGCCAGUCAGUAGAUAACUUGUUGUUUAAUACUCGGGAGGCGCGAAGGCAUUCAUUAGACCUCUUGGAUUUUGUGCAUUUUGAAUUUUGGGAACCGUGGCAACACUGGUUUUAUAACAGAUUUUAGACUAGACGAUAGUUGUGAAACCAUUUUUUUAUUUACAAAAUCCUUAAGUUUUUACCGAUACAAUGGCUGACAUGAAUCCUUUGGAAUAUUUUUUUUGUGGUGGUUUCGGUGGAGUUUGUACCGUAGUCGUUGGCCAUCCGCUAGACACUAUCAAGGUUCGAUUGCAAACGAUGCCCAUUCCGGCAGCUGGCCAGAGCCCUUUGUACUCGGGGACAUGGGAUUGCAUGAAGAAAACUGUCAAGUUAGAGGGAGUUAGAGGUUUAUACAAGGGAAUGGGUGCACCAUUAGCCGGUGUCGCUCCCAUUUUCGCCAUUUCUUUCAUGGGUUACGGCGUGGGAAAACAAAUUUUUGGUUCCAAGGAUGCCACUCACCUAUUUCUAGCCGGUGCCUUUUCUGGUAUAUUUACGACGAGUAUUAUGGCUCCCGGUGAACGAAUCAAGUGCCUUUUGCAGAUCCAACAGGGUGCUAGUUCUAAUGCAAAGUUGUAUAAUGGUCCUAUCGACUGUGCUAUUAAAUUGUAUAAGCAGGGCGGAAUUAGAAGUAUUUAUCUCGGCUCGCUAGCCACACUUAUGCGAGAUGUGCCAGCAAGCGGACUGUAUUUUCUGACUUACGAGAAAAUUAAACAAUAUUUAACUGCCAAUGGGACAAAGGACAUUACUAUUCUUGGUACAAUAUUUGCUGGUGGCUCCGCAGGAAUUACGAACUGGUUAAUUGGCAUGCCCGCCGACGUAUUAAAAAGUCGUUUACAAACAGCUCCUGCAGGUACAUAUCCAAAUGGUUUAAGGGACGUCUUUGCGCACUUAAUGAGAACAGAAGGUGUAUUUGCCUUAUACAAGGGUAUUGUUCCGGUUCUACUGAGGGCGUUUCCUGCGAAUGCUGCAUGCUUUGUUGGCUUUGAACUGUGUAAAAAGUUUAUAAAUUAUGUGAAAUCGUAUAAUGAUAAAUAGUGUAUAAGCAAAUUUUAUAGUGGAAAUGUUAACUUUUAAUAUUAUAUUGGUUUUAAAUAUAUUUUAUUAUGCAUGUA